GAUCAAAUGCGGGCAAUGCUUGAUCAGCUGAUGGGAACGGCUAGAAAUGGCGAAACCAAUCGGUACUCGGUGAAGUUCUACGACAGCAAAGUAUGUAAGAGUUUUUUAUUAGGCUGCUGCCCGCACGAGAUCUUGGCCUCUACGGUAAGUAAUGGCUAACGGGGUGGUCCGAUACGUUUUGUACGCUUUAGGUAUCAAUGUCUUCCACUACUUUACACACUAUAUCCAACCAUGUCGAUGCCGUUACAUCUCUUCCCACUUGAAAGUGUUUGUCCAGAAUCGUCUAAACGAGAUUCAAGUACAAGUAGAUUACAUGUAUAAACAUACCCAUAGCUUUUGUCACGGAGACGGUUGUGGUAUUUUGUUGCGCGUUUUAUGAACAGUUUGCUCGUACUACUCUAUUUUCCCACUCUUGUCGGUUCUGUUCUAUUUUACAGACGGUCACAACAAGUCGCUUUUUCCUCAUAUUCCAAGCAAACAAAUAAACAAACAAAUCAUUUCCUAAAGCAAAGAAAGCAUAUCCACACUAAAAAUGAGUAAUGGGAAAGUGAAGGUGCGUGUGAUUGGUAAGUUGCUCUCACCGCAAACGUGGACACCAAUCCGUAAGCUAAAUAUCAAAAUCUGUCGAAUUCUAGAUGUGCAUGUGCCAUGCAUAUAUAAACAAAAAUCAAUCUCAUCUUUCGCUUAGGGAGCCCGGUCCGUGUUUUGGUUGUCGUUUGGUUCGUUCGAUUGACUAAUGCGUAUGAUAAACACGAAAACUGAAAAGCAAAUUCCUAGCCCCAGGGUGGUAACACACAAGUUCUUGUCCGUCCGACAAAGCACAAGCUACUCUAACGCACGUUAAGUGAUGAAGCACUGGUUUUGAUGAGAGAGAGAGGGGGAGAUGGUUGGUGAUAGGAGAUAAUAUACUGAAGCAGAGUCGUAAGUACACUGUACCCAGCUCAUCUUCACCUGUGCUACUUAAAGAACUCCUUUAACCAGUACCACCUUGUUCACCCGCUCAUUACCGCUCUCCAACGAUGGCCAACCGUUUAGUUCCCUACUUUACCUACUAGCCCACAAAGGGCGGUUUCGUGCAGGAAAAACCACCGAAAACAGGGGUUGCGGUCAUUUUAGUAUACAGGCUGCUGCUGCUUCCUGGCCGUGUACCCGAUAGAUCUGAUAAUCUGAUUUUGUUGUAUUUUGCCCGAUGAUGCGGAUUAUGCGAAUCGAUUUCACCUUCUUCCCAUAGUAAAUCAUCAAGUAAAAACCAAGAUAAUAUCCCCGUAUUAGUAGUACAAAUUGAACGCAUCACGGAGGAAUCAUGCGUAUGGGUGUCACUAGUUAUGUGCACCCUCCUACACUCCUCCCAGGUAUUGUUCAUUGGGCUGCGUUUAGUGUAAUCAAUCGGCCUUGGGUACGUAUUAAUAACGAAACGAAACCAAAAGCACACACGCGAGAUUAUUCUAUUGACUUCAUCGGACGAACGGGUACUGUCCUUGGUGCGCUUACGGGUACGUAAAUAAUUUAUGUGACUGAAACCACAACAUUGUGUAUACGUGAAUGGAUCGGAUACACAAUUUUACAGAACAAUCGUUGUUAAACGUUGCUAUUGCGUACAGAAAAGACCAAUGAAACCAACAGGAGAAUAGGAGAGGAUAGUAAAGCUCCAUAGAAAUGCUACAAAUAAUCGAUUGCAAAAGAUUUGCAGACACUUUUCUUGUAUGUCUUUUUUUAUUUUAUCUCAAUUCAAGUUAUAGAUAGACAGCGAUAGAUUUACAAGUUAUUCAUAUUUUAAUUUACAAUAAUUUAGAGUUCAUAGACAUUUUUAUACGUAUUCCUUCAAACAUUUUACUGUUUUAUUUCCUUUACAGGAAUCCGCAAUAAAUAUGGUAUGGCGCGCACAUAAAAUAAUAAAAACGAAACGAUUUUUAUGGAAACACAAACAAUUUAAUUCAGAUUCAUUGGAUAAGAAAUGGCAACGGCGAUGUGUAAAAUGCCUGGCCGAAUUGGCAUUCACUAAGCUGUGUACUUCCGUAUGCAGAUUUACUAAGUCAGUAAAGUUGUUUAUGUAUCGCUAUCAAUCGUUCAGUCCAGCUUAAUCGUUUGCACGAUUCAAAAAGUUGUGCUCGGCUUAUCCAUCUAUUGCGGAAUUCUUUUUUUAAUUCUUAAAUAGCAAUUUAAUAGCAUUAUGAAAUGCAGAAAACCGACGGAAUUGAAAUAUCUGCUGAUUGUUCAAGCAACCUUAAUAAUAAUGCUGAUGAUAUGCAUAGAGUUAGGAUGUAAAUUGCCAGGAAAAUAUCUCAACAUCUAUAAACUUCAAACAAUUUCACCGUUGAUUUGUGGACGUAUUUUUUUCAUUAUUUAGCUGUGUGGUGUUAAAUAUUUUGGUGAGUAACAAACCAUCAUCCAAUGUACAUUUUACCUAGGUUGAUUUUACGCAAAAUCGAUUUCCUUCGAUAGUAGUAUUGUGUUUCUUUUUUUCCAAAAUAAGCUACUUUUUGAUUUUCAGGUUCAUCCUAUUGCUUUCCAUGCAUGGCUGCACCAUCAAUGCGAGUGAUAUAAUUUUGUACCAUAUUUCGAAUGAAUUAUUAAAUCGUUUGAUGUAUGCGAUUGAAUGGUGCAGUGCAAGGGCAAAUUUUAUCGAUGCAAUUCGCAAAUGGCUACAUUACAUAAGAAUAGAAUUUAAAUUAAGUCGCGUUGUCUCUUGGCCUUGUUGGUGUCAAUGUAUGUUUGUGCCGCCCGUACUAAACGAUCGAGUGUUUUGUUUUUCUUUCCUCUUUUCCAUCUUUUCCCUCCGUUCUUUGACGGUGUGUAGCGUAUGGACCUUGGCGAAUGUCCAAAGGUGCACGAUCUGGCCCUGCGAGCUGAUUACGAAAAUGCGUCAAAGAACAAGGACUACUAUUAUGAUGUUGAUGCCAUGGAACAUCUGCAAGCUUUCAUCGCCGAUUGCGACCGUCGCACGGAAGCGGCAAAGAAACGGCUCGCUGAAACACAGGAAGAAUUGACUGCAGAAGUGGCUGCGAAGGCAAAUGCGGUUCACGAGCUUGCCGAGGAGAUAGGCAAGAAGCUUGCCAAAGCGGAGGCACUUGGUGAGGCGGGACAGGUGGAGGAAAGCAUGAAGCUGAUGUCGGAAAUUGAAGAGCUCCGAUCGGAGAAGAAUCGUGCCGAGCAGGAGUACCGUAGUUCGAUACCGGCCAGUACCUACCAGCAGCAGAAGCUGCGCGUGUGUGAAGUUUGCUCUGCCUAUCUAGGGAUACACGAUAACGAUAUACGGCUAGCGGAUCAUUUUGGCGGUAAGCUUCAUCUUGGCUUUUUAGCCAUUCGCGAAAAGUUGGCCGAGCUGGAGAAAACGGCUGGGCCGCGUCAGAAGGAGUUACGCAAGACGGGUCGAGAUCGCGAUCAUGAGGAUCGUAGUCGUUCGCGGUACGUCGGUGGAAGGGAACUCGAUCGUCGUUCCCGUGCAUUGGCUCGUAGUCGUGAUCGCAAGGACACAGUUGGUCGUGAGGUUAAACCUGCAGAUGAGCGGAAGGAUCGAAAUGAAGGUCGUGACCGUGACCGUGAUCAACGCGAUCGUGGUGAACGACGCCGUUCAGCCGAUCGCAGUAACAGGCGGUCCAGAAGCCGGGAUCGUAGCCGCGAGCGCGAUCGUCACAACGAUCGCCGGAGACGAUCGCGUUCGCGCGAAAGAUCUAGACGGUAAGCAUCUAUAAUCAUGUAGACAUCCUAAUAAAAAAACAGGUACUAGAGGAUAGGUAGCUGAAAUGUCAUCGAUCGUGAGGAUGUAGGACGCAACAAUUAAUAAACAAACUUAUCUGCAACAACUAACGACGCGGUGGAUGAUCCAUCUGAUCGUGCCGUGAAUGGACCGGAGCAUCGCUUAAUUUGUAAGCAUAGUAUUUCUUUACUGUCAUUCUUUUAAACCUAACGUUUCUUUUAACACAUUUGUUACACACACACACACACUACAUGCUGAUUUGGCAAAUAGGAAGCAGUGCGAAGUAUCCAUUGGGAAUGUUUUCUCACUCGCUAGAGCGAUUUUAAUAGAAUGAUGAUUCUUUGUUUUCCUUUCAAAAUUUAAUUAUCUUCCUUUCCCGGGGCGAAGUGUGUUGAUGGUGAAAAUGAGUUAAGAGCAACGCUGCAAUACGAUAUUUGUAGUGCGAAAUUAGUUGCGAGAGUGUAUUGCAUAUUGUGCUGUAUCGUCGAAAAUUGCUUCGAUUCCGACCCUAGAGGGUGAGCAACAAAAUUGGCGGUUCUUCUGAGUACGUAUUUCAAAGCGUGUUAUACAAAAUUAUCUUAAGUGUCUAAUUGUAGGAUAGAACCAACUGUAAAAAACACAAACAAAAAAGAAUAACCCGAGAAUAGUAGAUAUUCGUUCGGAUGAGCGAUAAUUGAACCUGGUAUAAUGUUCUGUCCUAGUUCUGAUUUCAAGUAAAUAGAAAUUUAAAAUAUGUACAUUUCACCCAUAUGAGUCUAUCCUUUUAUCGUCAGACACUGUCCAGCGUUUUAAUGUUGCGAUCUUCAAAUAUGUUUGUGCUUUUGCACUUUUGGUAAGUGAAAGAUUAUUUCUUCACCUUUUGCAUGAAACGACAACCAUUGCCUGCUGUUGCUCUAUGGCAAAGUGGAUCGCUUGUCCGGGUGGAUCAUUAUUUCUAUUAAGGAACUUCACAACACGUAAGGUUUUGUAUAGCGAUAAGCAUUACGACAAAUACAAAUUUAGCAGAUAAGCAUUUGAACCAUACCCUAAAUAAAAAAGUCUGUACCAUUCCAUACAGAUUUUGUAGCUGUAUAGAUGAAAUAAA